AUGGACAACCCUCAAUACCCCAGCAAUGGCGUCCCGACGUCCGCGGCCCAGACAUACCCGUCGCCUACCGCCAUCUCGCCUCACCAGCUUCAGACGGGCUCUCCUCUGCCGCAGACGCUCCCACCUCUGCAACCCCAUACCGUUGCGAUGCAGCCGCUGUACGGAAGCCACCCGCAUACACCGCGAACUCCCGGCACUCCCAACACGCCAACCCAAAACAACCUUCCUAGCUACCAGCAGACUUCGCAGCCUGGUCCUCGACCUGGAGUCUACUCCAUGGCUCAGAACCCGUACCCUCACCAGGGCUAUGCCACCUCUGCUGCCAUGAUGCCCCAAGCCACCGCAGCGGUCUCUCACCCUCAGCCAAUUGCUCCUGCGCCGGUUGGCGGACGUGGUCCUCCCGUCCUCCGCCCCAUGCCUCCGGGUGGCCUCAUGGCCCAGCCUGGUGUGGCUUCGCCUUACGGCCCCGGUUCGCUGAUGCAGCCUAACUCGCUCCUCCAGGACGGCGAGCAGCCGACCCACGUUGUUGGAUCUCAGGGACGUCGUGGAAUCUUGCCCAGCGCUCCCGGACGGCCUACUGCUCAGGCCGCGGGAACUGGCGCAAAGAACACCGUCAUCCCUGUCAAAGAUGCAGACGGAAAAUUCCCCUGCCCUCACUGCACCAAGACCUAUCUCCAUGCCAAGCACUUGAAGCGCCACCUGCUCCGCCACACCGGUGAUCGCCCCUACAUGUGUGUUCUCUGCCGGGACACCUUCUCCCGAAGCGACAUUCUCAAGCGUCACUUCCAGAAGUGCUCCAUCCGCCGUGGUAACCCCACCGGCGCUAGCCACCUGUCUCACCCCCAGGCUCAUGUGAAGAAGAAUGCUCAGGCUCAGCAGAAGGCUGCUCUUGAAAACGGAGGAGAUCUGAACCACUUGAAUGGACUCGGUAACAUGGCAGGAAACAACAUCGUCCACCCCUUUGGCAUUGUCUCCGUUCAGGAUGGAAUGAACAGCAUGGGAGGUGAUCAGAGUCAGCUCUCCAGGUCGAGCAGCAUGGGUAGAAUUGACGGUGAUGCAGACCGAAGAAACAUGGCUGGACCUGUAAUGGGUGGCUCGCAGCAGUAUGGCGGCGACGUCUCUAGCUCCAUGACCAAUCAACAGAUGCCCAACUACAGUAUGCCUCCUGGUCAGAAUGGUAUCCCCAUGUACGGCGGUUCCAACCCAAACCAACAACCGGGCCUUGACUGGUCUCAGGUCUUCCAGGCUGACACAGACCGGAACCAAGGCCGAGCCUAA